UCAAGCCCAGCCACUAAAGCAUCGCGCCAAAUAAGAGUCGACUUCAAUGUGGAAGAUUUUGUCAAUUCUCUGCGUAUUAUGCGUCGUGGAAGGCUAUCAAGAUGUCAAUGGCAAGUGGAUGGAGUGUCCACAAGGUUACUCAGCUAUCAAUGGCAUGUGCUAUAUCACGAGUAUGUGUCCGGAAGGCUACCGUCUACAUACGGAUGGCAUGUGCCAUUUGAUAAAUCCCGCACCUUGCCCAUAUGAUACCAAACCAAUGACCACCACUCCAAGCCCAUAUAAUGAGUUGCCCACAACCUCCACUAUUACCAGCACCAGCACCAGUACCACUACCACGACCCUACCACCUGAGGAAGACCCGAUCAUCAACUACGAUCCAACGCCAGUUGAAGAGCCCGAUGAACAGGUUCGAUGUCCACCUGGCUCAAUUUACUUUAGGGACGAAUGCCGCAAGAUACUCUGCACUCAGGGCGAAUACUAUGCUGGUCGUUGCGUGUCGCCCGCCUGUCCAAUGGGCACCGUGUGGUGGCGCAAGCAAUGUCAAGAGCCUGGUUACAUAACAACUGUAUUGGAGAUCGAUAAUGUGAUAAAAAACAAGCACGAGUAUCUCACAGCAACCGAAAAUGUGAACAAAGUGGAGUAUAGGACCACUAAGCCCUACGAUCCCAGCACGGAUCAGAGUCAUGCAUACGUGGAGUCAAAAGCCAAUAUUGUUGUGAAAACCACGACACCAGCCAGCAUGACUCAGCAAAUCUCUGCAGGUUGCUGCACGGUUAUUAGUCCACGUAUCUGCCGACAAUAUGAAAUCAAAUGGGUCUGCUUCAAUCAUAAGCGAAAGUUUUGCAACCCAAAUGUUUGUACUAGUCCAGUAAUUUAUAUCAAGCCUCCGGAAAUUGUAGAGCUGGACGAUCCAAAAAUGUUGGUGAUGCCACCAAAUCCCCCCCUAUCGAGUUGCGUGACUCCCGAUUGUCCUGAGAGCGAAAUGCUGAAUUGUUCUGGUUGUGCCAAGGGUUUGCGUGAGUUCUGCUCGACAUCCUGCUACUAUUACUUUUGUCCUCGUAAUAGUUGCGAAUUCAAGGAAUCCGAGGACUUUUGUUCUAUAUAUCCCGGCGAAUUCGGCUGUAAUAAAAACUACGGAUGCACCUGGAGUUGGUGUAAAUGAGAUAAAUCUACAAAUAUUUACCCAUUUUUAGCUAACUUUCCUUCAAAUGAUGAUAUGAUGUUUAAGUAAUACAAUUUAUACUUAUAAUUAAAUACUAUGAACCACUGCCA